CCUGCUGGGGACUGCGGAGAACAGAAUUCAUCCAAUUGGCAAAGGACUUUGAGGAUUUUCGUAAGAAAUGGCAGAGAACAGACCAAGAGCUGGGGAAAUACAAGGAUCUUUUGAUGAAAGCGGAGACUGAGCGUAGCGCUCUGGAUGUUAAGCUGAAGCACGCACGCAAUCAGGUGGAUGUGGAGAUCAAAAGGAGACAGCGAGCUGAGGCUGACUGUGAGAAGCUGGAACGACAGAUUCAGCUGAUUCGAGAGAUGCUCAUGUGUGACACAUCUGGCAGCAUUCAACUAAGUGAGGAGCAAAAAUCAGCUCUGGCUUUUCUCAACAGGGGCCAACCAUCCAGUGGCAAUGCCGGGAACAAAAGACUGUCGACCAUUGAUGAAUCUGGUUCCAUUUUAUCAGAUAUCAGCUUUGACAAGACUGAUGAAUCACUGGAUUGGGAUUCUUCUUUGGUGAAGACUUUCAAACUGAAGAAAAGACAAAAGAGGCGCUCUAAUAGCCGACAGUUUGUUGACGGCCCACCUGGACCUGUAAAGAAAACUCGUUCCAUUGGUUCCACUGUAGACCAGGGGAAUGAAUCCAUAGUUGCAAAGACUACAGUAACUGUUCCCAAUGAUGGUGGGCCUAUUGAAGCUGUGUCCACUAUAGAGACUGUGCCCUAUUGGACCAGGAGCCGAAGGAAAACAGGUGCUUUACAACCUUGGAAUAGUGACUCCACCCUGAGCAGCCGGCCGCCGGAGCCCAGAACUGAGACAGACAGUGCCAGCACGCCCCAGAGUAAUGGAGGAAUGCGCUUGCAUGACUUUGUCUCCAAGACGGUUAUCAAACCAGAAUCGUGUGUUCCCUGUGGAAAGCGGAUAAAAUUUGGCAAGUUAUCCCUGAAGUGUCGAGACUGUCGAGUGGUGUCUCAUCCAGAAUGUCGGGACCGCUGUCCCCUUCCCUGCAUUCCUACCCUGAUGGGAACACCUGUCAAGAUCGGAGAGGGAAUGCUGGCAGAUUUUGUGUCCCAGACUUCUCCAAUGAUCCCUUCCAUUGUUGUCCAUUGCGUAAAUGAGAUUGAGCAGAGAGGACUGACCGAGACAGGUCUGUACAGGAUCUCUGGCUGUGAUCGGACAGUUAAAGAGCUGAAAGAGAAAUUCUUGCGGGUGAAAACCGUCCCCCUCCUCAGCAAAGUGGAUGACAUCCAUGCCAUCUGCAGCCUCCUGAAAGACUUCCUGCGGAACCUCAGAGAACCCUUGCUGACCUUUCGGCUAAACAAGACCUUUAUGGAAGCAGCAGAAAUCACAGAUGAGGACAACAGUGUGGCUGCCAUGUACCAGGCUGUGAGUGAACUUCCCCAAGCCAACAGGGACACGUUGGCUUUCCUCAUGAUUCACUUGCAGAGAGUGGCUCAGAGCCCAACCACUAAAAUGGAUAUUGCCAAUCUGGCUAAAGUCUUCGGCCCUACAAUAGUUGCCCAUGCUGUGCCCAACCCAGACCCAGUGACAAUGUUACAGGACAUCAAGCGUCAACCCAAGGUGAUAGAGCGCCUGCUUGCACUGCCACUGGAAUAUUGGAGUCAGUUCAUGAUGGUAGAGCAAGAGAACAUCGACCCCAUGCACGUCAUUGAAAACUCAAAUGCCUUCUCGACCCCACAGACACCAGACGUUAAAGUGAGUCUACUGGGGCCUGUGACCACUCCCGAGCACCAGCUCCUCAAGACGCCGUCCUCGAGCUCCCUGUCACAGAGAGUCCGCUCCACCCUGACCAAGAACACUCCCAGAUUCGGGACCAAAAGCAAGUCUGCCACCAAUCUUGGACGACAAGGCAACUUCUUUGCUUCUCCAAUGCUUAAGUGAAGUCAUGUCUGCCUGUCACUUCCACAGCGUUUACUGACUGCAAGACAGGGCGCACCUGUACUCUCUGCUCUGCAGCCUCCUGUACUUAUUACUACUUUUAGCAUUCUCCGAGCUUUUAAUCAAGUUUAAUUGUGCAUGGGGGUUUUAUUAAAACUAUAUAUAUCUUCCUCUCCUCCUCAAGUAACAACAUAUCAACACCUAUGCUGGUUGUUUCGAGCUUUUAGGUGGGAGAUAGUUGCAGGAGUGAGAGGGGUAGUGUGGAAUUCAUUGUGAUUCUUCCUGGAGGAGCCAGAGGGGUGGUGGGAAAUGUCUCUUGACUUAAAGUCAAUCGCUGCUCAUGGAAUGUCAUUUCGAACUAAUUUCCACGAGGCUGUGACACAAACCCCACCUCUUUGGUAAGCGAUUUGCUGUCUCGGUGGGCGGAGGGCGGGCAGCGGAGAGAAAGGGAUGGGCAGGAUGAAGGGCGGCUCUCUGAGGACUCACCAGUUCCCCUUCUCGCACUUUGAGUGGAGGCUUCACAAAGAAGGCCAGGCGGAACUGUUGAUGGGAGUCUGCUUGGCUUUACUUUAGCUCUUCAUAGUUGUAGUAGCCACAGGCCUUGUAAAUGGGAUACCAAAACCUGUAUUUAUCUCUGCUGAGUCUCAGACUGCACAUUGGGUUUGGAUGAGGUUGAAUCUAGUUUGUUCUAAACUUGAAUUCAUUCCGAUGCUUGACCCCAUUUCACCCUUACCUUGUCCAGUGGAGCUCUACUUUUCAAGGUCAUUGUGGCAUCUCAACCAUGAAAAGUAGGCUGUAAGGGAAGGUGGCACGGAAAGCCACAGCCAUCCUGUCGUGCACUUUGGUUUUGGAAUUCUUCCCCCGGCACAGAGCCACAGACAUGUAGAUCUAUGUGAGCUGCUGCUUAUUCCCGUUAUGUCUGUAAAGAUGAUUUCUUCUAUAGAACGUUUCUGACCCAUUAUUGACUUUUGUCUGUAAAACACAUAUUUGGGAAAAAAAUAAAUAGCUUUUUCAAAAUGA